GAAAGCCGACUCAUCUGCUCUUCUUUCUCUCUCGUUCUCUGCAGCCUGCCAGGACCACCUGAGACUAGUGGUGAGCUAGUCGCAGCACCCUCGGCUGUACCCAGCAUCUCCCGUCUUCUUCUUCCUCUGCCUAUUCCCAUCAUCUUCUGCCUCGUCUUUCCUGCUUCUCGUGGGAAUCAAACGUCGUGAUGUCUCUCUCCGCCUCUCCUGCCCCCUUCCUCCUCUUCUUCCUCUUCCUCCUUCCACUGCCACCCUGCCAGCCAGAGUCCCAGCGCAGUGACCCCAGCAUGAACCCUGACCCAAGAACAGCCUUGCCCUCCAUAUUUCCCUCCUCCUCCGUCCUGCCUUCCUUAUCUAAUGAUAACAGUACAUCACCCAGCAUUGGGGAUAAGUGUGAUGAGGUGACCGUGUGCAAGCCGGGCAUCCUGUUACCUGUCUGGUACCCCGAAAACCCUGGAGUCGGUUACCAGGUGGCCAGAGCUGUGGUCUACUUCCUGUCACUCAUGUACAUGUUCCUGGGAGUGUCCAUCAUUGCUGACCGCUUCAUGGCAUCCAUAGAGGUCAUCACAUCUCAGGAGAAGGAGGUGACCAUCACUAUGCCUAACGGGGAAACGUCACUGAUGACGGUUCGGAUCUGGAAUGAAACAGUGUCCAAUCUGACGCUCAUGGCUCUGGGCUCCAGCGCUCCAGAGAUACUGCUCUCUGUUAUAGAGGUGUGUGGUCACGAAUUCAAGGCUGGCCAGUUGGGUCCAGGAACCAUCGUCGGCAGUGCUGCCUUCAACAUGUUUGUGAUCAUCGGGAUCUGCGUCUGGGUGAUCCCCAACGGCCAGAGCCGGAAGAUCAAACAUCUGCGGGUGUUCUUCAUCACCGCGUUCUGGAGCAUCUUCGCCUACAUCUGGCUCUACCUUAUCCUGUCUAUCAUAUCGCCGGGUGUCGUGGAGGUGUGGGAGGCCCUGGUCACCCUGCUCUUCUUCCCUGUCUGCGUCAUCCUGGCUUGGAUCGCUGAUCGGCGCCUGCUCUUCUACAAAUACAUGGGCAAGCGUUACCGAGCCGACAAGCGCCACGGCAUCGUUGUCGAGACUGAAGGGGAUGUAACUGUGUUUUGUUUCUGUUGUUUAGGUGGUCUGGGAGAGAACACUUUCUAUGUGGACUACAGAACAGAAGAUGGUUCAGCCAACGCUGGAUCAGAUUACGAAUACACCGAAGGAACGCUGGUGUUCAAGCCUGGAGAGACUUGCAAAGAGAUCAAGAUUGGCAUAAUCGAUGAUGACAUAUUUGAAGAGGACGAGCACUUCUUUGUCCGCCUGUUGAAUUUGCGCGUUGGUGACGCAGAGGGGAUGUUUGAAAGCGACGAAGUGGGCGCCACACCCAAAGCUCGCUUAGUUGAGCCCCUGGUUGCCACGGUGACUAUCCUGGAUGACGACCAUGCUGGCAUCUUCACGUUUAGCGAACGAAUGGUACGCGUGAGUGAGAGCGUGGGCACAAUGGAGUUGACGGUGGUGCGCAACUCGGGCGCCCGUGGCACAGUCAUCCUGCCGUACCACACCGAGUCAGGCACCGCCAAGGCUGGAGAAGACUUCGAGGAAGCGCGAGGAGAGCUGGAGUUCACCAACGACCAGACCAGUCUCACCCUGGGGGAUGAAUUCAUGGUUCACAACGCUCUGAUUGUCAAAAAUGACGAGCAGGCUCCUGGUCUUCCUGUCACCAGGAUCACAAACUGGACUCUUCUUGUUUGUGCUUUCAUUGUGGAGUUUUGUUUUGAUUGUGCUUUCCCUCCUGACUGUUCGCUGGUACUUACUGCUCUUCUUUUCUUGUCCACACGCCCUCCUCUCUCUGUUUUCUUCACAGCUCUGCUGCUCAGCCAAGAGGGGACGGAGGGGCAGAUGACUGCUGAGGAGGAGGAGGCUCGGAGGAUAGCAGAGAUGGGGAAGCCCAUCCUGGGAGAGCACAGCCGCCUGGAGGUGGUCAUUGAAGAGUCGUAUGAGUUCAAGAGCACUGUUGACAAGCUCAUUAAGAAGACCAACUUGGCGCUGGUUAUCGGCACACACUCCUGGAGGGAACAGUUUGUGGAGGCGGUCACUGUCAGUGCAGACACCUUUGCUAGCAAAGUGGCUGCCAUCCAGGACCAGCAUGCGGACGCAUCGGUUGGGAACGUCACCGGCAGCAACGCAGUUAACGUGUUCCUGGGGAUCGGAGUGGCGUGGUCCGUGGCUGCCGUGUACUGGAGAAUCAAAGGGAAGGAGUUCCAGGUGGAUCCUGGAUCACUGGCGUUCUCCGUCACGCUCUUCACCAUCUUCGCGUUCAUCUGCAUGUUCGUGCUGUUGUUCAGACGCCGGCCCUCCAUCGGCGGAGAGCUCGGCGGCCCGAAAGUGUCCCGCCUCCUGACCACCCUCCUGUUCCUGGGUCUGUGGUUCCUCUACAUCCUCUUCUCCAGCCUGGAGGCCUACUGUCACAUCAACGGCUUUUAAAGAGGAGAUGAAGAAUGUUCCAGAAGAAUUUUUGCACAGCAGCACACACAAAAUCUUUGACUGUCAGUCUAUUCGGUCCACGGUUUAACACAAAGUGUAAG